AUGGGUAUUAUCGAAAAGAUUAAAGCCAUCGAAGAGGAAAUGGCAAGAACCCAAAAGAAUAAAGCCACUGAACAUCAUUUAGGUUUAUUAAAGGGGAAACUUGCACGUUAUAGACAGCAACUUUUGGCAGAUGAGGCCAAUGCCAGUGGGGGAUCCGGUGGAGGCCAAGGUUUUGAAGUGGCCAAGUCCGGUGAUGCCCGUGUAGUUUUGAUAGGUUAUCCAUCCGUUGGUAAAUCUUCAUUACUUGGUAAGAUCACUUCUACAAAAUCUGAAAUUGCACAUUAUGCUUUCACUACAUUAACCUCUGUUCCUGGUGUCUUAAAAUACGGUGGUGCUGAGAUUCAGAUUGUGGAUUUGCCCGGUAUCAUAUAUGGUGCAUCUCAGGGGAAAGGUCGUGGUAGGCAAGUUGUUGCUACUGCAAGAACUGCAGAUUUAAUAUUAAUGAUCCUUGACGCCACAAAGAGUGAACAUCAACGUGAAUCGUUAGAACAUGAACUAGAAGCAGUUGGUAUUAGAUUAAAUAAAGAGAAGCCAAACAUCUAUUUUAAGAAGAAAGAGACCGGUGGGAUUAAAAUUACGUUUGUAUCUCCGCCUUUACCAGGUAAAUUAGAUGAAAUGACAAUUAAAGCAAUUUUAAGAGAUUAUCGUAUUCAUAACUGUGAAAUCCUUGUACGUGAUUCCACAUGUACAGUAGAUGAUUUUAUUGAUAUCAUUAAUGACCAACACAGAAAUUAUAUUAAGUGUUUGUAUGUGUAUAAUAAGAUCGAUGCGGUGUCGUUGGAGGAAGUAGAUCGUCUAGCAGCUGAGCCAAACACUGUGGUGAUGUCGUGUGAAAUGGAUCUAGGAAUACAAGAUGUUGUUGAAGAGAUUUGGUAUCAAUUAAAUCUGUCUCGUGUUUAUACAAAGAAACGUGGCCAAAAACCUGUAUUUGAUGAUCCUUUGGUAGUAAGAAAUGGAUCUACGGUCGGGGAUCUUUGUCAUUCUAUCCAUAGAGAUUUUAAGGAUAAAUUUAAGUACGCUUUGGUAUGGGGAUCUUCUGCAAAACAUUCUCCACAAAAAUGUGGUUUAAAUCAUAAAGUCAAUGAUGAGGAUGUAAUUACAUUAUUCACUAAAUAA